CCCGAAAAGACCCGAUACUGUAAUCAAAUGACGUCAGAGAGUUGACCGACUUGGAAAUUUGGGGUUAAAUCUCUUUCUUUCUUUUUUUCUGAAACAUUGAAAAACUAAAACGAUACAGACACAAACAAGAGGAUUUUUUUAAAUUUAUUGACGAGAAUUAAAUGAAAGCUAUUUCUAUUUUUUUGUCAGGCGAUCCUUCAGCCUCCUAACAUGAGUUUUGUCCGUUAGAGACGCUUAGAAGCAGCAAAGUCUCAUUUCAAACCUAGAUUUUCCAAUUAACCGAUACUUUUGUCGUCUUCUACUCUGUUUUCCGCUAAUAUUUUCUUCUUGCAUUUUUUGGACAUUACGAAGACAUCUUUGUAACGUUUAUUCGUCAGAAAAAGUAGUAAAUGUGUCUGUUGUGAUGUCUCGACUCGUUCAGAAAUCUCCGUCUCUCUGCACAGAUCUGCCGCUAAAUAAUUCAGACGUCUGCAACAAACUUCGUUUACUGAAGGAGCUGCUUAAAUCCUGCUAUGGCCCCACAGGUAGACUUAAACAAGUCCAUAACAACAUAGGGGGUCAUGUCGUUACUACAUCCACCUCCUCGGUUCUCCUCCCAGCUCUGUCCUCCUCUCAGCCUUUAGUCAAUCUGAUCAGAAGCUGCAUCCUAAACCACGUCUCUCGAUUUAGUGACUGCGGUUUGUUUGCAGCCAUCCUCUGUCUCACUCUCAUUGAGGAGGCGAAGCUGUCAGGUCUGAGGAGAAAUGUGUCCAUCAAAGUGAACAAGCACCUGCUGGGUAUGUGCUCCUCUUAUCUCCAGGAGGAAGAUUGUGGCUGCAGAGUGGUGCUUGACUUCUGCAGCAGCAUGAACUUGAUCACACUGACUCGCAGCGUUAUCUACAGCAAACCUGCAUGUGUGCUCGCAGAAGUAGAGGCACUGCACAUGAGCAAACUGGCUGUUCAGGCUUUUUUACUGACUGUCCCCUGUAACAGCCCAGGAACAGUCAGACUGGGCAGGAUAGUGACUGUUGGUGUUGAGGGACACCCUGUGCUGAACUCUGCAGUGCUUACAGGGUUACUUGUGGAAGUGCAUGAUCAUCUUAGCCUCAGAAUGAUAAAGAGCAUGCAAACAAAUCCACUGCGCGUGGUUUUGUUUAGUGCAUCUCUUGCUGGAGACCUCUCUGAUCUUGGAGAUGGGAUCAUUGAGGCGCACACAGGUGUAGACACAGACUCACAGAUUCUGGACCAGCUCCUGGAGUUCUGCAAACAUGUGGUCGAAGAUGAAGUGAAGCUCUUUGUGUGCCAGAAGGUGCUACACCCGGUCUUACAGCAGUACCUGAGGAACCAUGGUGUCAUAGUGAUCGACAGAGUGGGAGUCGCUCUCAUGGAGCCACUUACUCUGCUGACAGGUUGGUAUUAAAAUAUCAAAAGUCUUUUUCUGGAUUAUGAUGAUCAUAAAUUUAAUUCAUAUUGUUCUCUUCUUAAUUGAACAUGGACACAGUGUGCUUCACAAUAACUACAACCAUGUCUGUUUGGCUGCAGAGACCAAAUUUUUAUGAGAGGAUCGUGCCGCAAAAAAAUGGAAAAAGGAAAACAGAUUAAAAGAAGCUUACAAGGCAAUAAAAAGCUUUUCAACACCAUAUAAAAUGUCAUGUUUCUGUCAAAGAGAGAGGAGACAAGACAUUUGAAAGUUACAGCAUAACAGGUUCAAAAUGAAACAUUAUUUAGGAUACGAUUUACUAACUUAGAGGCUUAAAAGCGGUAAUAUACGGUCAGGUAUUAUUUAUACAUGCCAAUCUUUAAAGAAUAUCUUAUGUUCAAACUACAUAUGAUGAAGAAAACACUCGUCCCUCUGCUUCACUAACACACACCUCAUCCUCCCGCUCCCAGCUGUUCUGCAGACGUUAUUCUGUCAGGUUAUAAAUGUAGAUCCUGAGUCCUCCACAUGUGUUCUUUCUUUCUGCCCACUCCACUAAACAGGUGCUCAACCUGUGGCUACGUUACACACCACAAUCCCAGCCAAGGCUUACGGGACGGUGAGGAGUCUGAGUGUGAAGGAGUUUGGAUCAAAGACCAUGUUGCAUUUACAGCCUGCUGCAGAGUCUGCGGUCUGUACGAUGGUUGUGUGCCACAGGAACGAGACGAUGCUGAGUGAGCUGAAGGUAAGGAGAGUGUUGAAGUUAAAUCAAGCAUGGAGGUGAAUCUAACAGGUGAGCUGAUGGAUUGAUGUUUACGUGUUGUAGGCCGUGUGUCAGCAGGCAGAGCAUGUGUUGAGACUCACCCUGAAAGAGCCGUCUGCUUUAUUGGGAGGAGGAUGCACUGAGACCCACUUGGCUGCUUUUAUCAGAAACAAGGUAAGGUUUUUUACAAGCUUGAUUUUAUUGGUUAUUUACUUAUUUAUCACAGUUAAAAACACUGUAAUUCCAUCACAGAGCCUGAAUGAGGUCUCCCAGACUUUAACGGCUGUGGAAUGCUCACAGUCAGAGUACCUCCUCGGCGUGGAGGGCUUCUGCCGCUCUCUGGAGUCCGUUGCGGCAGCGCUGCAGCACGACGGGGGAAACUCUCUAACUGACCUGACUCAUGCUCACCACUGGACCCUUCCUGCAGACGUCACGACAGAAAACAUGGAGGAAAGCUUGACCUUCUGUGGCUGUGGACUCACGAGAAACAGCCCAAACAUGAAGUGGACUCAUCUCAACACUAAAUACCCACAAUUCUCUCCUGCACCUGCACUCAGGGACAGUACUGUGCAGCCGCAUGUGCUGGACUCCUUCACAGCUAAACUUAACGCGCUGCAGGUGGCCGUAGAGACUGCCAAUCUGGUGCUGGAUGUGCGGUAUGUGAUCCAAGAUACAAACUAGCACAAAUUCAGAAUGAUGACUUUUUUUAUGACAAUAAAAGUUUAAUAUUUAACUGAGACUCUGGAUGUUUGUGUUUUCUUUUUUUUCACCUUAUUAUGAUUAAGAGACGAUGUAGACAAAAUUCAGUUGUAUACAGUUAGUUAUGAAGCUGUUAUUUAUAAAAGUAUACAGGUGUUUCUGUGAUGAACUGUCUUAUAUAAAUGGUUAUGCUUCCAUGCCAACUAAAAACAAAACAAUGUACAGUUAGACUAAUACAAGGUCUGUGAAAAAGAUGAAAAAAAAAGUUCAGAUUCUUGUCUUUGCUCUCUGAUGUUGGUUCAGGUAUUUUCUGCUCUCAGACGAAGCUCAGGUGUUUUUUUUCUCUCAGAAGAUGAAAGGAAUCAAAGCUUUUCGUAACUUGGGAUAGUCUUUGAAUUUCUCUUUGUAAAACCUG